AUGGCCAUGCAAGAGUACCACUCCACCGCUAGUUCCCCAAGUCUACGCAGCCGUACCCCCAUCGACCCCUCCCUGAUGGAGAGCGACUGUGAUGGCGGAGGCAACGUUAAAGUCGUCGUUCGCGUCCGCAGAUUCAUCCAACGCGACCUUGACGUGGGCGCGACUUGCAUUGUGCGAAUGAAUCCACAAACACAAGAGACGAAACUUCUCCCACCCGCAGUCAUUCCUGGCUCUCGGCGCCAGCAAGAAGAGAAGUCCUUUACGUUCGACAAGUCAUUCUGGUCGCAUGACGACAAGGAUGCCCACUACGCACAACAAGAGGACAUCUUCUCUUCCUUUGGAGAGGAGUUUCUGGAUCACAACUUCGAUGGCUACCACACGUGUAUCUUUGCCUACGGCCAGACCGGCAGUGGAAAGUCGUACACGAUGAUGGGAACACCGAACGAGCCUGGUCUUAUCCCACGCACUUGCAGGGGCUUGUUCGAACGUGUCGAAGCGGAGCAGAACGGCAGCAUAACCUACAACGUUCAUGUCUCCUACUUCGAGAUCUACAACGAACAUGUCAAGGACUUGCUCACUCCAAGGGUCACACCUCCAGCUUAUCUCAAGAUCCGCGAAAGCAAAAGCGAUGGUGUAUACGUCCAGAACCUCACGGACGAGCCAGUCAAAAGCUAUGAGGAUAUCGAGCGUUUGAUGAAGAUGGGCGACCUCAAUCGCACCACGGCUUCCACCAAGAUGAACGAUACAUCUUCACGUUCCCACGCCGUCUUUACACUCACCCUCAAGCAGAUUCAGCAUGACAUCGCAACGGACAGCACAAUUGAGCGUCUUGCCCGAAUGCGUCUCGUCGAUCUUGCAGGCUCCGAGCGAGCAGGACGUACAGAAGCGACCGGUCAACGUCUACGCGAAGGAGGCAACAUCAAUCAAUCUCUCAGCACCCUCGGUCGUGUGAUCGGCGCUCUCUCAGAUCCAAGGCGCCAACGUGCUUCCCGUGCACCAGGCCUUCAAAACCAAACCAAGCGUCGUGCAGAUGUGGUACCUUACAGAGACAGUGUCCUCACCUGGCUGCUCAGGGAUUCCCUCGGCGGUAACAGCAAGACUGCAAUGGUUGCUUGCAUUUCACCAACCGAUUACGAGGAGACCCUCUCAACACUCCGCUACGCCGAUCAAGCGAAGAAGAUCAGAACCAAGGCACACGUCAACCAGGAUGCCAUUUCAGCAGCUGAGCGAGAUGCGAAGAUUAUGGAUCUGCAGGAGACGAUCAAGUCUUUGCAAUUGAGUGUCAGCGCUGCGUCGGCCAGAAAGCGAGACGAGGCAGAUCGUGCGAGAGAUGAGCUGGAGGACUACCAGCGGGAAGUCAGCAAGAUGCAGCGAGCCAUGGAGGAGAGUCGUGCGGUUUCAGACGUCAAGAUCCGGGCUUUGACGCUUGAGGUGGAGGAAUUGAGACCGGCCAAUCUUGCUUUGACGACGGAGGUGGAGGCAUUGAGGAGACAUUUGGCGCUCGCGUUGGGAGAGCUGAAGAACCCGAUCAUUCUACCAAAGACAGUGUAUGCCGCAGAGGACGAGGAGAAUCGUGAUCCCGAGGAGGGAUACGAGGGAGACCAUGAUGAUUGGGACAGUGGUGUUGGCGAUGAGUGUUCUGACGCGAGCGGAGAGUUUUCGCACGAGGAUUGGCAGGCUGAGGUUGAUGCUCUGUUGAAUGAUAUUGGACUGUUCAAGAGGAAGGUCCAGGACGAUCGGGACAGGUUUCCAACGGUUGAGGAGAGUGGACUGGAUACUGUGUUGGAKCGGACUAAAGGAGUUAAGAGGGAGAGUACUGGAGCGGUCUAA